UUUGAUAGAUAUUGAGCUUAGAAGAUGCCUGCUCCAGAGCAGAAACAAAGAAGGCAAGAAAUAAAAAAGACUAGCCAUCGUGACCAUUUUAAGAAGGUCCAGUCAAAAAAGAAGGUGAGAAAAUGGCAAAAAAGUGGCAGUGGUGCACAGUCACAUGAUGCUGGGAAGGGUUCAAAGUUGAAUCCAAAAAAGCGCUUCACAAAGAAAAAAGGAAAUGAUUCAUCCAAACCCAGCCAUCCCAAGAAACGUCCCUUGCGGGAUAUCAAUCAGAAGGAGGUCAAGCCAAAGUCUUCAAAAGAAGCACGAUUGAAGUUGAAGAAGCUGCUCUCCAUGAAGAAAGGUCCAGAGUACUGGAAAGCUUACAAGGAGAUCCGGAAGAAGAAGCUUGAAAAAAGGCUGGAGGAUGACAAGGUCCUACAGGUGAGUGUGAAGGCAAAACAAUCAUGGGAGGAACUACGUCGUGAGGACUGCCAGCCAGAGAGGAAGGUUGAAAUCUGCAAGGACCUGUAUCGCAUUGUACGGGGAAAAGUUGCAAAACUGGUGAUGGCUCCAGAUAUGUCUCGUGUCGUUGAGAGCAUGAUGCAGUUUGGUGACAUAGAAGUUCGAGCAGCACUGUUUGAGGAAUUGAAGAGCAAGAUAGUGGAGCUGUGCAGCAGUGUCUAUGCUCACUUCUUUGUCCUUAAACUCUUGAAAUAUGGGUCAAAGCAGCAAAGAGAAUUUGUUGUGGACUCCUUCAGAGGGCACGUACCAGAGCUCAUGCGGCAUAAGGUGGCAUCAUCUGUUGUGGAGAGUGCAUUCAAUGAAUGGUCAAAUGCCUCCCAGAGGGGUUGUUUGCUGCAGGAGUUUUAUGACCCCCAUUUCAAGGUCUUCAAGGACACGUCUGUCACAAGUUUUUCAAAGUUCCUUGAAACCCACCCUGAGAAACGUGAAUCAUCCCUGGAGUAUUUCAAAGAGAAUUUGAUGCCUCUGGUGGAUAAGGGACUCAUGCAACACAGCCUUGUUCACCGUCUGCUCUUCGAAUAUGUCAACUUCUGCAGUGAGGCAGACAUGAAGGAGCUGAUUGAGUCCAUUCGGGAGCAUCUGGCUCAGUGUCUUCACACACGUGAUGGGACCCAUGUGGCCAUGCAUUGCAUAUGGAAAGGCAAUGCCAAGAUCAUCUUGGGAGAGAUAUUGAGUUCCUUUAAGGAGUUGGCAUUCCACAAAUAUGGGAGGAAAGUAAUUUUGUAUGUCCUCUGCCCAAGGGAUCCGAGGCACCUUCAUCCCGAGUACAUCAAGCUCCUUGCCCAGGGAGAUUCCAACACUCACAGCAAGAAGCACCCUGAAUUACGUCAAGCCGAGCUGUUGGCAGCAGCAUCAAAAUCCUUCCUGCGGGAAGUUCUUGGGAGCCCUGAGGAUUAUCUCAGUGAUAAUGGUGCAACUCUUGUCUUCAAUACUGUACUCGAGAAGUGCCUUGAUGUUGAAGGGUCCCAGGAGGCAUUCCAGCUUCUAGCAGAAAAGAUCAAGGAACCCUUGGUCCCAGGGGAAGUGAAACACAUUGUGGAACGUUCAGCAACACAUCUCAUGCUCAAGAAGCUCAUUGUAACUGAUAAACAAAGAAAAGUUCACUUCUCUGACUAUCUUCUGGAUGCUGUGACCUCUGAGAAUCUUGAGCAAUGGAUCACAUGCAACCGUGGGGCUUUCAUCCUCAUUGCCUUGCUUGAAAGUGGAGUGAAAAGCAUAGAGGAGAAGGCUAGAAAGAAGUUGAUUCCAUUGAAACCCAAGCUCCGUCAGCAGACUUCAAAGGGUGCUCAAAUCCUCUUGAAAAAACUUGUUUGACGUGCAACCCGUUUUUAAUAAAAUUGCUUCAAGAU